CAUGGGGCGGAAUUAUGCGCAGGAAUGACUCAUCAAGCUCACCUUAACUUCACCAGUGGAAGUUCCACUAGACACAAUUCACUACUUUGUCAAAUUCCCCGGUUUACGCGCGUCACAAAAACGGCAAAUCAGCAGCUGUUUAGCCAAUUCAAAUAAAUAGCUAAUCAUUCAAAAGAGUAAAAUGUCGAAAGACUACGGGUUUUCCAACUUUACGAAAAAAUAUACGAGACCCAUUUGGAAACAUUUGCCGUCCUCUACGGUCCGUCUCAACGGGUCAAAUUUUGUCCCCGCAACGUACCCCCGACACGAUGACAACUUUCCCCUGAAAAUUGAGGGGGAUAACUCAUCCCCAGAAUUAUCAAGGUCGUCUUGCUGCUCGAUCUGCCCCGCAUCGACAAAUCUGCGUCCUCUCGCCCUCCAGGAAGUCGAAAUUCUUGCCAAAUUCGUCCUAAAUCAGGAGCAAAUUUCUCUCAUUUUACAAACUGACCAUCAUCCGCCAAUUCUUUGUUGUAAAAUUUGCUCCUCCGCGAUCCACUCCUUGGCCAAGUUGUCCACGCAGAUCGAAAACAUCGCCGUUUUUCUACGCGCCUCCAUCUCUAUCGGGGACGGACUGUUCAAUAAAGGGCGAAAUCAGUGAACAAUUAAACAAUGAAUACGUUGAGGAGGAAGAAGAAUUCGCCUUAAAAGUUCAGCCGGCCUAUGCCGACGUCGACGACGAAAUCAUGUCCGAUCCUCUCUACGAAGUGGACAUGCCGGAAGGUGAGGACGACCCCAAUAUUGCGAAUUCCCAUGCCGACUCCCAAAAAUCAAACUUCGCCUGCGAAAUAUGCCAACCUAUCGCCACGUUUUCCAAUUCUACCAACUACAAGCGCCACAUGAUGAACAAGAAUAUUCAUCCCGAUGUUUCUGACGCGGAUGUGGCAAACCGGACAGAAGGAGUCGUCCAUUUCCAACCAACACAUAAGAAAUUUCCAUGUUCCCAAUGCCCCAGGAGUUUCUUCUCGUCCCUCGGCGCCCGCCGACACGAACGCCUCGCGCACGAAUGGGUCCCCGUCCAGCAGCAGUGUCCCCUCUGCUCGAAAAUCUUGCCGAACGCGAAUGUAUUGCAGAGGCACAUGCGCAAACGCCACGUAAGCAGCGGAUCACUCAAAAAAGAGAGCAAUUCCUGCGAAAUGUGUGCGAAAACCUUUGUCACCCCGACCAUCAAGAACCGACACGUGGAAGCGGUCCAUUUCCGGGACAAGACGUCCUGUCCGUACGGCUGUGAAACCGAGAUUGGUUCGGAGGCUGAAUGGGUGACGCAUUUGGAGGGGUGUGAAUCACCAAAAAUGAGUGCAGAAUUGGAGCGCAUUUGCCAAUAUUGUCCAGCCAUGUUUCGCAACAAUCUUCUGCAGAUGGAACAUCGCCUCCGCGUCCAUCCCGAAACCACUUACGCAUGCGCCAUUUGCGAAAGACGAUUCACUUUCAAAAUGCUGGUAAAUAAUCAUCGCUGCGCAGAUUGAUUGAAAAUCAUGAGCGAGAACUUGCCAUUCUUAGCUUAGGUAUGCUUAAAAAUUGAAAAUACUGUUCCUUUUUUUAAAAAUGGAAAAUGAUGUUUUAAAAAAGUGAAUACAUGUACAUAAAUCUGUAUGUGAGACAAUUAGCUUCGUCACUGACUGAACAGAAUGUUAACUCAGAAAAAAAUAAAUAUAAUAUUGGAAAAAAUAUAA